GCGUUCCUUUCCUGGGGCUGAAACGGGCUCUGGUAGUCAAUUCUCCUUCCUUCUAACUCCAGGCACCAAGGCGGGUGGGAUGAAAAUUCCUUAUUUAGCCAAUUGUUUUCCCUCUUCUCUCCAUGAACUUCCCAGCCUUCCUCAUUCCUCUUCAACUUGUGCUCACACCUCUUUUUAAAUGUUCGAAACACCAUCUCUCAAGCUAUGGCAUAACUUACUGUACUUCAAUAGCCGCACAUUUCUUAUGUGUGCCAGGCAGGGGACCAGGCCCGGAGUGGGGAGCAGAACACAGGCGAACAAGACAUGAACCCCACCCUCUAGGUCUCACAGCUGAUUGGCACAAACAGGCCAGUCUACAAUCUCAGGCUAAAGAGAAGCCCCAUUUGUCUGGAGCACCAGGCCAGGGCUUGGGAAGUAGGUGGCUUUUAUGGAAGGCAGCUAGUAAGUUUUAGGAGUCCAUCCACCUUCCUGGGAAAGUGAAAGCAUUCAGGUGGAGGGAACACAGAAGCAAAAGCCGAGUUGGAAGGGGCUCGGCCUAUGUGGGCAAGGACCAGCGGAUGCAGGACAUAAGAGAUCACUUGCAAAGGCAGGUGAGGGCUGCUCACAGAGGCUCUUGAACGUCAGGCAAAACUUGACCCCCCCCGGGGGGCGGGGCUGCAAGCACCCUGGGUAGACCCGGGUGCCCGAAGGACCCGGGUGCCCGAAGGUCGCUGAGUCUUGCCCCUCUCCGGCCGGGGACGCGCUAUGGGACUACUGAUCGCCAAGCUGAUGAGCAUCUUCGCGACCCAGGAGCACAAGGUCAUCAUCGUGGGACUGGACAAUGCGGGAAAGACCACCAUUCUCUACCAGUUCCUGAUGAAUGAGGUGGUCCAUACAUCUCCCACCAUCGGUAGCAACGUGGAGGAGAUUGUUCUGCAAAAGACACACUUCCUCAUGUGGGACAUAGGGGGACAGGAGGCUCUGCGCUCUACCUGGAACACGUACUACUCCAACACUGAGUUCAUCAUCCUUGUGAUUGACAGCACGGACCGGGAUCGGCUGCUGACCACUCGGGAGGAGCUGUACAGGAUGCUGGCCCAUGAGGCUCUGCGAGAUGCUUCCGUCCUGAUCUUUGCCAACAAGCAGGAUAUGAAGAACUCCAUGACCACCGUGGAAAUCUCUCAAUUCCUCACUCUUAGUGCCAUCAAAGACCACCCGUGGCACAUACAGGGAUGCUGUGCCCUCACUGGGGAAGGGUUAGUGGCUGCCCCACCUGCACCUCCAGGGUUCGGCCCAACCAAUGAACAGCUGACCAUCAGAACCUUCUCCUGUUUCUCUCCUGUCAGGAUCUGGCUCACACUUAGCUCCUGGGCCGAGUCAGUCAAGCACCCACCCACAGCUGAGAUGCUGUGGGUAAGCAGUGAGCAGGAUAGAGUGCCUGCGCUCAGGCUCAUUCUGAAAGACAGGCGACAGGCCACCUCAGCACAAACAUUUUAGGUACACAGAGGUGCUUUGAAUAAAGUGAAAUUAGAUUAACAGUGAUAGACGGGGCAGGGUUGGGUCUGACUCAGCUCUGGUGGUCAGGGACGCCCUCUACUAGGACAUGACCUUUGGGCUGCAAUCCAAAUGGGGAGAAGACGGCCACAGCCAUGGGAAGACCUGGGGGCAAGCCUUCCAGGCAGAAGUUGCUGACUCUUUCUGACCUUGAGUUUUCUUAUCUGUAAAGAGGAGGGUGAGUAUACCUACUCCCUCUGUAAGUUCCUGUUGAGAGCACAUGACAUCAAUCAUUCAACAUUUAUCGAGCCCUGAAUUUGUGCCAGGCACUUUUCUAGGCACCAGAGAAACAGCGGCGAACAAACCACAAAAUCCCCUGCCCUCAUGGAGGUUACUUUCCAUUGGGGGUGGGGGGGCAGACACUAAACAAUAAAAAUAAGAAACAUAUAUAGUAAGUUAGAAAGUGAUAAAUGCUUGGGAAAGAUCAAGUAGGCAAAGGAGAUUGGAAGUACGUGGGCAAAUGUUGCCAUUUUGGAUAAGGUACCAGGGAGGGGCCACCAGAAAGUAGCUGCUGAGUAUAAAUACCUGAAGGAUGUGAAGGAACCAGGUCACGGUCACAUAGAAAGGGCCUUGAGUCAGGCUUGGAAAGUUCUCUUUUCUCUCUCAAGUGGGAUCACAGCAGGCUGGGGACCCAGGUGCCUGGAGACUUUAGGCAGGUGGGCCCAAGGAACCACACGUUUCUGAUAGUGUCCUUGCCACUCUCCUCCCGCAACCCACAUCCAUCCCCUCUGCCAGACAGUAGACCGCAGAGGGCAUGUCUGUUUUUUUUCACCAGUAACCCCAACCCCUAGCACAGUACCUGAUGUACUCAGUCCAUUUAUACUUGUCGAUUGAGAGAUUGGAUGCGACAUUGGUUGUCCCCUCCGUCAGCUCUGGGUAGGGGCCGGGGGCUUGGAGGCCAUCAUCCUUGCAAGAUAUGCUGAUCUUUGCCCUGUUCCACCUUCCCUGCAGGCUGCCCGCGGGGCUCCAGUGGAUGCAGUCUCAGACCACUGCCAACUGAUGUCCCAGGCUGAGGCCAUCCAAAUACUUUGGGGGUUUUGCCUGGACUACGUGGGUGGAAAACCCAAGUGACUAUUCCUUUUCUACGAUUCUCGGAUGGGAGCUGGGUCGGCUAUGGACAGUGAGGUGAGAUUGCCACAGUCCACCCAACCCUGUGAGUUUGACUGCAUGCCCUGAAUUGCUGUAGAUAGGACAGCAGAAAAGCUGCCCUUUCCUCCGUGGAAGCAGGUGUCCUUGGAGGCACCAGGCAAGCUGUUGGACAUGUUGAGGGAUUAGGACGUGGAGCCCAGUCCCCUUGGCCUGCAGCCUCUUUGAGGAAAAAAUGGGGGGGGGGGUGGAGUAAGAGACCCCUGGAAUUGCUCUUUAUUUCCUAGAACCCCACCCCCGGCCCCUUGGCUCCCACCCCAGCUCUCUGGCCCCUCAGCCAUCUUUGAGGAAAGGAGAUUCCAGAGAGGUGAAGGGGCGGGCUCAGGGGAAGGAGGGCAAAGCCAAAAACUGGUGGUAAGGGAGGAGGGCGGGACACCCCAGACAGGGACAGUCCCUUGCAUGGCGGGGAGUCCCACUCCUCCCAGGCCUUUCUGUUCCCUCUGAGAUGCUGGCUCUGACCACAGCUUGUGAGCGUUCAGCCAUCUCAUCCUAUGCCCUUCAUUCCCGGUCCUUCCAAUGUGAAUCCCAUUCCUCCCAAAUUUCCCCGAUUCCUACAGAGUGCCUAUCUUGACCAUCUUUUGUAAUGAAUUUUUUCCACAUUGUUUUAGAAUUUUUAUAAAAGUGUAAUAAAUGCCAUUGAAAACUG